CACUCUCUUCCAGUUUUGAUGUUGAGUGUGAUGAUGAGUAUCAGCGAGCAUCAGUGUCGUGGUUUAGCGAUGAGUUAUUGAUCUGUGGGCGUGUUUGUGAGGAUAUAAACCCCGCGCAUCCCGCGCAUUAAUGAAACCCGACAACAGCGCGCGCGAUGUUUCUCCUCACAGCGUUGGUUCUGCCGGUUCUCUGUGGAGCCGGUUUAGCGGCGAACGGUCACUCUUACCGGCGCACGGAUCCGGUCACCGGACAGCAGCUGCUGUGUGACAGGUGUCCGCCGGGAACGCGUCUGCGUGCGCACUGCACGAGCUCCAGCCAGACGGAGUGCGCGCCCUGCCGAGCGGGUUUGUUCACGGAGUUCUGGAACUACAUCCCGGACUGUCUGCGGUGCGACGCGUGCUCCGAUCACCAGCGGGUCGUUCAGCCGUGUAACAGAACCGUGAACACGGUGUGCGAGUGUGAGGCGGGGUUCUUCUGGGACCAGCACUUCUGCAGGAGACACAGCGCCUGCAAACCGGGCCACGGAGUCAAAGCUCCAGGGACGCCACAUAAAGACACGGUGUGUGAGCUCUGCGCAGACGGACACUAUGCGAACGGCACUCAAGCAGUAUGCGUUACUCACAGCGCCUGCCAGACAGAUGAGCAGCUGGUGCUGCCGGGAUCCAGGUGGCACGAUAAUGUGUGUGCAACCUGUGACCAUCUCGCACAGAAAGGUGGGGUGGAUUUAUUCAAGCCGAUUCUGUCCAGUCUACACGUUAAAUACGGGACUUCCAUUGAGCGUCUGGAGAAGUUGGUGAACCGCUGUCUGCGCAGGAAGAGGUUUCGUAAGCAGGCUGUGGUGCGUCCAAUGCAGCGGCUCCAGCACUGGAGCGAUGAUACGUCAGAGGAGGAACCACUGAAUCUGCCAUCCAUCCAGGAGGAAUCGCACCUGAACCUGCUUGCGGACAGGAUCGCACGCAAAAUCCUGCGAUUCCAGCAGCUGCACUGCUAACAGUAUGACAGAUGAAGCCUGUUCACACUGCACUAAAAAACACACUGCACUGAUUUGAGUUUGAUACUGUCUCACCUGCUUUAUAAAAUCUAGAAGUGCAUCAGAUUUUGUCGUGACCGUUAGAUACUUUAACAUCUGGAUCAGUUUAAGGCUCCAGUGAGGGAUGUUGGAUGUGUGACACUCAGAUUGUACUCAUGCACUUUACAGUCUGUCUUGUCAAUAAAUUUCACAAUGCUGUGUUGCACUAGACUCCACUGUUUUGUAAAUAUUACAGAUUAAUUUUUUGUAUUGGUUUUGCAUUGAAAGAUUGUUCUCUAUUUAUUGACCAAACUGUAUCAGACUACAAAACAGCUCAUUAAACACAGUGAAAAGAGCGGAUGUGAAAUAUA